GUCACAUCCGCUCUCUCACCAAGAUGGCGGCUCCCGGUGGCCGUAACGUGGGCCGGUCGGAUUUUUUGGGGUUCACUCCAGGGGCGAAAGGCGGUCAAACGGGACAGCAGAAGCGGAAGCGGCUGAACCGGAACAAGAAGAAGACCUGGAAGCGGCACAGCGACGUCAGGGAUGUGGAGGAGUUUCUCGACGAUGUGCGGCUGCAGGAGAGAACGGCAGGGGGUCUGCUUGCGGAAAAGACGGACGACAGCUUGUUCUUUCUGGACACCGGAGAGCAGGAGAAAGAUGUGGCCCCCCGGAAGAAGACGCGGCCUCUGCGUAUAGAUCUCAUCCUCCAGCCGGACUCCAAGGUGCCGGCCCCCAAAGACAUCACGUCUCAUCAGGUACCCAACGGGCGCAAACUGAAGCUGAAACACGAACGUGAAGCGAAGCUGGAGGCGAAAGGCAUUCUCCCCAGACCAGAGAAGCUGCUGCGAGCCCAACUCCGAAACAAGAGGCCGAGAUGUAUAGAGGAGCCCAAUAAUAACCCAGCGAGGGCCUUCUAUGACCUGUGGGGAGAGCAGAAUCCUCUGGAUGCUCCUCUGGAAGGGAAAGACAGCUGGUAUCUUCAGCAGACAAGGAAGAGCCGAGUGAAGCGUCCCGACAGAUUAAACGCCAAACCCUCGCAGCUCCCGGCCGUAGAGAUCGCGAGCUCCGGUGCAUCUUAUAAUCCUACGUUCGAGUCUCAUCAGGCUCUGCUUCUCCAGGCUCACGAAGACGAAGUGAAGAGACUGAGAGAGGAGGAGAAAGUGGAGCGGCAGCUGAAUCUGCCGACGGCCGCCGAAGCUGCCACCCAGGAGAGCCAGUUCCAGGAGCUCUGCGAGGGGCUGGUGGAGGAGUCGGAAGAUGAGCAGGUCCAGGAGGAGCAGGCUGGCGCCGGGCUGGGCACGAUGUCUCUGGCACAAAGAGAGAGGAAGACGGAGCGGCAGAGGAAGAAGGAGAAGGAGGCAAAGAGGCUGAGAGCCAGGCUGGAGGCAGAGAAGUGUCUGCGGCUUCGCACGCAGGGGCUCUACCAGCUGCGCUCCAUCCGCUCCGACCUCGCGCGCCGGCAGGCAGAACUGACGCGCAGGAAGAAGCUGCGGGAAGCCAAGCGGAAAGCUGCAGCGUUUAAGCCCAAAAGACUGGGCCGUCUCAAGUAUCAGGAGGAAGCUGUGCAGGUGAAGCUGAGCGACGAGCUGCCGGGGACGCUGCGCAGGCUCAAGCCGGAGGGCAGCAUCGCCAAAGACAGAUUCAAGAGUUUCCAGAAGAGAAACCUCAUCGAGCCGCGCGAGAGAGCAAAGUUCAAGAGGCGGCUGAAGGUGAAAUACGUGGAGAAACGGGCUUUCCGCGAAGUCACGUUAUAGCGGACGGGGUAACUGGACUUUAUUGCCCCUUGUGGACUCGUGGCCUGUAUGUUUGGAGCAGGAUGAUGGGACUGGUGGUCAUGGCUUUCUCUCCCUCCUCGGGGCCGUUUCUGGACGUGGCCCUCGUGUUUCCCGCAGACCUAACGUUCGUGUUUCUGUAUGCGAUGCGAUUCGCUGGAACUGUUUGCCCCUCUUAGCCAGUUUUUGUGUCCCCGUAAUAUCCUGCCGGUCUCCCGCCCUGACCGCUCGGCUGCCUCCUGCCCUGACCCACUUUCCAGGCCACAGACUCUGACCCCGGUGGUGGGGGGUGAAGAUCUUGUCUAUUGUUCCAGCUGUGGAUACUCGGUGCUGCGCAGGGCUGUGCUGUUCCAGGAGUAUAUGGAGAUGUCCACAUCGAGCUUUAACUCCCCCGCUGCAGCCUGAACCACGCUAGUGGCCUUUAAAAUAAAUAUAUAUAUAUAAAAAAUGACCAGCGAGACGUGGCCCCUGUGGGAGUCGGGGCCGGUGGGGGAGGGGUGUUACCGGCCUCUCACCAGCCCCCCCCCUUUUGUGAAAUGUUCUGCUCUCUGCAUAUUAAAAAAAAAAGCUGGUUUUUAA